AGCCAACUUCUCUCGAACCUUGGAAAUGGCCAAUGACUCUGUGUGUGAAGCCAGUGAUCUAAAAUCACAUUAUUAGAAUCAGCAGCUCAGCCUGCACUCAGAACUGUGUGGCCAGUAUGCGUGCUGCUGGGACGGACAGCUGAUUCAAUGUGUGCACCAGUAGAUAUUGCCACUGCUGGGAUAUACUGCAGAGCAGAUCAUUUGCUAGCCACUACGCAGACAAUGCCUUAUUCGUUAAAACUCGCCGUGUUAAUCUUCUGCCUCAUUCUUCUAACAGCUAGCAAGAAGCACAGGAGGAGGCGUUGGGCAGGUCAGAUGGAAAUGCAGAAGCAGUCCAGCCACAUGUACAAAAAAAAUCAUGACAUUACCAAAGUUCGGAGAAGCAAAAACAACCAGCUCCUUCGCGUUGAUGAACAUGACUUUACUAUGAGGCCUGCAUUUGGAGGUCCUGCAAUUCCUGUUGGAGUUGAUGUGCAAGUUGAGAGUUUGGAUAGUAUAUCAGAAGUUGAUAUGGAUUUCACAAUGACACUGUACUUGCGGCAUUACUGGAAAGAUGAACGAUUGUCAUUUCCUAGCACCACCAAUAAAAGCAUGACUUUCGAUAGUCGUCUGGUAAAGAAAAUAUGGGUUCCUGAUGUCUUUUUUGUUCACUCCAAAAGAUCCUUCAUUCAUGACACCACAACAGAUAACAUUAUGCUGCGUGUGUACCCGGAUGGCCACGUUCUUUACAGUAUGAGAAUUACUGUCACGGCAAUGUGCAAUAUGGACUUUAGUCGUUUCCCUUUGGACACCCAGACAUGUUCAUUGGAACUGGAAAGUUAUGCCUAUACUGAUGAAGACUUAAUGCUUUACUGGAAAAAUGGAAACGAAUCCUUAAAAACAGAUGAAAAGAUCUCUUUGUCUCAGUUUUUGAUCCAGAAGUUCCAUACUACAUCAAGACUUUCCUUCUACAGUAGCACUGGAUAUUACAAUCGACUCUACAUUAGUUUCACUUUACGGCGUCACAUAUUUUUCUUCCUGCUGCAAACAUAUUUUCCCGCUACACUGAUGGUCAUGCUAUCCUGGGUAUCCUUCUGGAUUGAUCGCAGAGCAGUUCCUGCUCGUGUCUCUCUGGGUAUAACUACAGUUCUGACCAUGUCCACCAUCAUUACUGGAGUAAAUGCCUCCAUGCCAAGAGUUUCAUAUAUCAAAGCUGUGGACAUUUACCUCUGGGUUAGUUUUGUGUUUGUCUUCCUAUCGGUGCUAGAGUAUGCCGCUGUGAAUUAUCUGACCACGGUGCAGGAGAGGAAGGAAAGGAAACUCAGAGAGAAGUUUCCUUGUACGUGCGGAUUGUCUCACACAAAAACUAUGAUGCUGGAUGGAAUGUAUGGAGAUCCUGAAACAAAUAGCCUGGCAGGAUAUACAAAAAGCCAUAUUGUUACAGAAGAUGUGGAGAAACAGGACAAGAUGGUGGUUCACAUGGCCAUGAGCCCAAGUUCCAAUGCAGGCAGGAAGAAGGGUCUUAAAGGUCACGUUGGCUUACGUAUCAUGCAAAACACUCAUGCCAUUGACACAUAUUCUAGGAUGAUAUUUCCUGCUUCAUUUAUUUUCUUCAACUUGAUAUACUGGUCUGUAUUUUGCUAGAGAGAACAUAUCAUGGUUAUCGUACUUCAAAGAUAAGUGUUUCAGGAAAGUCACUUAUCUCUACACAGACUAUCUCUGCAUUAAUCAUCAUUAACUCUACACAAGCGUAACAGUAUCCCAAGAAGUACAAUGCUCUGCUUAUGUCCUGUGAAGCAGUGGGACUCAAGAAACACCAACAAUAUUUCUGAUACACCGGAGCAACCAUUGUGAUGUUCUGUAUGAGAAGCUAAACAAGUCCUCCACUGUAGUAAGAAAUAGUAUAGUUACAGCCAGGGAAUAUGUGCAAACAUGAACUGCCCUCCUUGAAUAAAACUGAUUUUAUUUCAAUAUAAUGGGACUUUGUACUAAAAAAAACUAAAACAAAAAGAAAACCAGAUUUUCCCAUUGCCGUCGUUUACCAGUUAUUCUGUAAUGUACAGGGCAGGAAGAUAGAUAUAUUCUAAACAUUUAUUUGUGACUGAUCUGCAGUACAACAAUAAUAUAUACAAUGUGCAGUAAAUAUUCUA